AGGACAACAUCACGCUGUGGUGGGGCAGGAUGCCUCGCUUCGGAGAUGAUGCGUCUGGGCGCUAUGGAGCUGCUCCGGGCGCCGGGAGAGGAGCAGCGCGGCCCGCAGGCGCACCGGGCGCUCAGAGGGUCUACAAGCAAUCGAUGGCUCAAAGAGCAAGGACCAUGGCUUUGUACAACCCUAAGCAGACCAAGCAAAACUGCUUCACCGUCAAUCGCUCGCUCUUCAUCUUCAGUGAGGACAACGUGAUCCGGAAAUACGCCAAGAGGAUCACUGAGUGGCCUCCAUUUGAAUACAUGAUCCUUGCGACCAUCAUUGCUAACUGUAUUGUACUGGCACUGGAGCAACACCUGCCAGCCAAUGACAAGACGCCCAUGUCUGAACGCCUGGACGACACAGAGCACUACUUCAUCGGGAUAUUCUGUUUCGAGGCUGGCAUUAAGAUCAUCGCCCUGGGCUUCGUCUUUCACAAAGACUCCUACCUCCGCAACGGAUGGAACGUAAUGGACUUCGUUGUUGUCCUCACUGGGAUUUUGGCCAAGGUGGGUUCAGACUUCGACCUGAGGACACUGCGGGCCGUGCGAGUGCUGAGACCUCUCAAACUGGUGUCAGGAAUCCCUAGCCUACAGGUAGUCUUGAAGUCCAUAAUGAAGGCCAUGGUUCCUCUGCUGCAGAUCGGUCUGCUCCUCUUCUUCGCCAUUGUCAUGUUUGCCAUUAUAGGAGUGGAGCUCUACAUGGGCAAGUUUCAGAAGACCUGCUUCAAAAAAGGGACAGAUGAGCCGACCGCAAAUUUCCCAUGUGGUUUGGAACCUCCGGCUAGGCAGUGUCCCAAUAACACAGAUUGUAGGAAAGGCAGUGCAUGGAAAGGACCAAACUAUGGCAUCACUAACUUUGACAACAUCUUGUUCGCUAUACUUACCGUCUUCCAAUGCAUCACAAUGGAAGGAUGGACCGAGAUCCUUUACCAUACCAAUGAUGCCUUGGGUAAUACAUGGAACUGGAUGUACUUCAUCCCCCUCAUAAUCAUCGGCUCCUUCUUUAUGCUUAACCUGGUUUUGGGUGUCUUAUCGGGAGAGUUUGCCAAAGAAAGAGAGCGUGUUGAGAAGAGACAGGAGUUUCUAAAGCUACGCAGGCAACAACAAAUUGAAAGAGAGUUGACUGGUUACCUUGAGUGGAUCUGUAAGGCAGAGGAGGUUUUGCUGGCUGAGGAGGAUCAGAACGCAGAAGAGAAAUCUCCACAGGAUGGAGCUUGGUUCAAGAGGAAACCAAACAACCCAGUGCUGAAAAGAGCCAAAGUCAAAAAGGGGAAGAAUGACCUCAUCAGUGCCGAGGAGGGUGAGGAACACUUCACAGACAUUUCCUCAGUUGCCCCUGCUGGAUCUCCUUUUGCCCGAGCCAGCCUAAAAAGCAGCAAGAACGACAGCUCAUCAUACUUCCGUCGCAAAGAGAAACGGAUGCGCUUCUUUAUCCGUCGCAUGGUGAAAGCCCAAAGCUUCUAUUGGAUUGUGUUGUGCAUAGUGGGCUUGAACACGAUGUGCGUUGCCAUCGUUCACUACGACCAACCUGAGGGGCUCACCCAAGCACUGUACCUGGCUGAGUUUGUGUUCCUGGGUCUGUUUCUAUCUGAGAUGACUCUGAAGAUGUAUGGCCUGGGGCCCAGGAACUACUUUCACUCCUCAUUCAACUGCUUUGACUUUGGGGUCAUCGUGGGGAGUAUAUUUGAGGUGGUGUGGGCAGCCAUCCAACCCGGAGCCUCUUUCGGUAUUAGCGUCUUGAGGGCUUUACGUCUGCUCAGGAUAUUUAAAGUGACCAAGUAUUGGAACUCUCUGAGGAAUCUGGUGGUGUCACUACUCAACUCAAUGAAAUCCAUCAUCAGCUUGCUCUUCCUCCUCUUUCUCUUUAUUGUGGUCUUUGCCUUACUGGGCAUGCAGCUCUUUGGAGGACAGUUUAAUUUUGAUAACGAAACACCCACUACAAAUUUCGACAACUUCCCCGCUGCCAUAAUGACCGUCUUCCAGAUUUUGACAGGAGAAGACUGGAAUGCAGUAAUGUAUCAUGGGAUUGAAUCUCAGGGUGGUGUCCCACUUGGGAUGUUCUCCUCCGUUUACUUUAUCAUACUUACUCUCUUUGGAAACUACACUCUUCUUAAUGUGUUCUUGGCUAUCGCUGUUGAUAACCUGGCCAAUGCUCAGGAGCUGACGAAGGACGAGGAAGAGCAAGAGGAAGCUGCCAAAAAGAGCAUCGCGCUGCAGAAGGCGAUGGAGGUGAAGGAGGUCAGCCCAAUGUCAGCAGCUAACAUAUCUAUUGCUGCUUUUGUAAAGCAAAAUCGAGAUGUGCUCUCUCGCAGCUCUUCCGUCAGCAGCGUUCACUCACUUAAGGAGCAGCAACGCUCUCUGCAGAAGAUGUCUAUCUGGGAGCAGCGAACUACUCAACUCCGUCGCCACAACCUGCGCAGUAGCAGUGAAGCUCUCUACAAUGAGAUGGAGCCUGAGGAUCGGUUGCACAUGUCCUCAGCACUACACCUGCGGCCCGACAUGAAGGCACACCACGAUCGACCCUUGCUGGUGGAUAAAUCUCACCUGCCAGAGGGCAGGGAAACCCAAGAGGAGGCACCCCCACACAAACACCACCGGUGCCGUGGUGAGAACGGUGAAGCUGGCGAAGGACGCCGCCAUCGGCACCAUCGUGGUGGUGAACACAGAGGGCACCAGGAUGGAGGACAUAGGAACCAAGCAGAGGAUGGUGUCGAUGAUAAGGAGCACCAUCACCACCAUUCACACCGUUCCCGAGAGACCGAUGGUGAUGGCGGUAAUGGAGCAAAAGGGGAGCGAAAUGCAAGAGGACACAGAGAGGGGGAAGCAGGGAAUGGCGAGAGGAGGAGAGACAGGCCUCGUGUCAAAGCUCAAACUACACCUAACAAGGAGGAGAGCAGGGACAAAAAAGAGAAAGAUAUCCCAAACCACAGGUUUGUGGAUACAGAGGGUGAUGAUAUGAGCUCAAGUCCUGUGCCAUCUCCAACGGAGAGACAAGAAGACUCAGAUAAUCUAAAAAACAUCUCAAAAGUGAGAUCAGCUGCAGUCAACAUCCCUGUUAUGGUCACUGCCCCACCUGGAGAGUCCACCAUCAUUCCCAUGAGCAACAUGGAUGGUGAGAGCCUGCUCCUGAGUGAAGAAAAGAAGGAUCUGGAUGAACUGAAUCCGAAUGCUCCAAAACAAAUCCUACCCUACAGCUCUAUGUUUGUGUUUGGUCAGUCCAAUCCUGUGCGAAGGUUGUGCCACUAUGUGGUCAACUUGCGCUACUUCGAGAUGUGCAUUCUCAUGGUGAUUACCAUGAGCAGCAUCGCGCUGGCUGCCGAAGACCCUGUCAAUGCUAAUGCUUUUCGGAACCAUGUGCUGAAAUAUUUAGAUUACAUCUUCACUGGUGUGUUCACAUUUGAAAUGGUGAUAAAGAUGAUUGACCUUGGGCUUCUUCUCCACCCGGGCUCCUACUUCAGAGACCUGUGGAACAUUCUAGACUUCAUUGUGGUCAGCGGUGCCCUGGUGGCUUUUGCCUGCUCGAGCUUCAUGGGAUCACAACAAAGCGUGACCAGAGGGACCAAAGGCAAGGACAUUAACACCAUCAAGUCCCUCAGGGUCCUUCGAGUGCUUCGGCCCCUAAAGACUAUCAAACGGCUACCUAAGCUCAAGGCGGUCUUUGACUGUGUGGUGAACUCUCUGAAGAACGUGCUCAACAUCCUCAUUGUCUACAUCCUCUUCAUGUUCAUCUUUGCGGUGAUCGCUGUGCAGCUCUUCAAGGGAAGGUUCUUCUACUGCACAGACGAAUCCAAAGCUCUUGAGAAGGACUGCAGGGGUCAGUUUCUGGAUUACGAUGGAGGUGAAGUGGAUGCCAAACCACGCCUAUGGAAAAAGUAUGAGUUUCACUAUGACAACGUGCUGUGGGCUUUCCUCACACUUUUCACCGUUUCAACAGGAGAGGGUUGGCCAAUGGUGCUGAAGCAUUCUGUAGAUGCCACUUAUGAGGACCAAGGGCCGAGCCCAGGCUAUCGCAUGGAGACGUCUAUCUUCUAUGUGGUCUAUUUUGUGGUCUUCCCUUUUUUCUUUGUCAACAUUUUUGUAGCCUUGAUCAUCAUCACGUUCCAGGAGCAAGGGGACAAGGCCAUGUCUGAAUGCAGCUUGGAGAAGAAUGAGCGGGCGUGCAUCGACUUUGCCAUUAAUGCCAAGCCCCUGACACGCUAUAUGCCCCAGGAUAAGCAGUCCUUCCAGUACAAGAUGUGGAAGUUUGUGGUUUCAACUCCAUUUGAAUAUUCCAUCCUGACUAUGAUUGCGAUCAAUACUGUGGUUCUUAUGAUGAAGUUCAGUAGUGCUUCGAAGCCUUAUGAGGACAUGCUGAAGUGGUUGAACAUCAUUUUCACUGCCAUCUUCACCCUGGAAUGUGUCCUGAAGAUCAUCGCUUUUGGUCUUGUGAACUAUCUGAGGGAAGCCUGGAACAUAUUCGACUUCGUAACAGUACUGGGCAGUAUCACAGACAUCCUGGUCACUGAAAUUAAGACGCAGAACAAGCUGAUCAACCUUAGCUUCCUGAGGCUGUUUCGUGCUGCUCGACUCAUCAAGCUCCUUCGGCAAGGCUACACCAUCCGGAUCCUGCUCUGGACCUUUGUCCAGUCUUUUAAGGCACUUCCCUACGUGUGUCUGCUCAUUGCCAUGCUCUUCUUUAUCUACGCCAUCAUUGGGAUGCAGGUGUUUGGAAACAUCGAGUUGAAUCACGACUCAGCGAUCAACCAUCACAACAACUUCCAGACGUUCUUUCAGGCACUUAUGCUACUUUUCAGGAGCGCCACGGGCGAGGCGUGGCAGGAGAUUAUGCUGUCAUGUUUGGGAGGCAGGAAAUGUGACAUGCUCUCAGGCUCGAACGACAACGGGUGUGGCAGCGAUUUUGCAUACUUCUAUUUCGUCUCCUUCAUCUUCCUCUGCUCGUUUCUGAUGCUGAAUUUGUUCGUGGCUGUCAUCAUGGACAACUUUGAGUACUUGACACGAGAUGCUUCCAUCCUCGGACCUCACCAUCUGGAUGAGUUCAUCCGAGUCUGGGCGGAUUACGACCCUGCCGCCUGUGGGCGCAUAUCCUACCUCGAUAUGUACGAAAUGCUACGUCACAUGUCCCCUCCGCUAGGUUUGGGAAAGAAAUGUCCGUCACGAGUUGCCUACAAGCGCUUGGUGAGGAUGAACAUGCCCAUUGCUGAUGACAACACAGUCCACUUUACGUCCACGCUGAUGGCUCUCAUACGCACCGCCCUGGAUAUCAAACUGGCAUCAGGUGUUCUUGCCCAGCGUUUAUGCGACGCUGACUUGAGGAGGGAGAUUAAUAAGGUGUGGCCGAGCCUAUCUUCAAAAACUGUGGACUUGCUGGUUACACCUCAUAAACAUAACGAGCUGACGGUUGGAAAAGUGUAUGCUGCGCUGAUGAUCUUUGAUUACUACAAGCAGAACCGGGCCAAAAGACUCCAGGAGCAGCAGCCCACUUCAGGCACACUGAGUAAAAUUGGAUCUCUCUUCAAGCCAAUGUUGCCACUCACCCAUAUACAUGAACAAGAGCCACCUUUCAAGGGUGCCAAACUGCCACAUCCUUCACGAACAGAUUCAUCUCCACAUCUAGACUUCCAUCCCACAACCCCUCUUUUGACCAAUGGGGAACCAGUAAAAAGCAGUACCAUCAAGUAUUCUUCUUCGGCAGAGACGCUUCAGAAGGGCAGGGACUCGGCCUAUUUAGAAGAUAUGCCAAAAACUGAAUCUCAGGAAUUAGUAGAGAUGACCGAUAUGGAGAAUAAUUCUGAUGUAGGGGGCUUCUCCACACUGGAGGGCCACGGGAGGGCAGCCUCAAUGCCCAGACUUAGUGCAGGCUUCCAGCGGAGCCAGUUGCGCCACACCACCGGGAAAUACCUAGCACCUAUCAAAGACGGCAGUCCCAUGCACCGCUCGGCUUCAUCACUGGCUUCUCAGAAAGGUGGGACAGAGUUGAAUUUAAGAGAAUAUGCAUUGAGCGUCCGCCAGCAGCACAGAAUCAGGAGAAAGAGAGAGACAGAGUGCACCAACAUCAUCAUCAUCAUCGAUGUCACCGCCGCAGAGACAAGAAAAAUAAAUCCCUGGACCGAGCUAUUAGUGAGGAACAGCCUGGCUUUGUGGAUACGACGACAGAUAUGAGCAACGAGCCGUGGGAUCAAGAGCGUGAACGGGAGAGAGACCGAGGACGCUCUCAUGAGAGGAAGCACAAUUCAGCUUCGGUCACCGACAGAAAACAGCGUUACUACUCAUGUGAUCGUUAUGGAAAUA